UGUCCCUCAGACACAGCAGAUCACCAGUCAAUGGAAAGAGCCAAAGAUGUCAGCUCGGUCAUGUGAUCAGCGGUGUCCAAUCACAGCUGAUCGCCAGUGCACAUCAAAGCCACAUAUCAAUGCUCAUCUGAGCCGCCUUUCAGUGUCACCUAUCAGUGCCAGUCACUGCCACCUAUCAGUGCCAGUCAGUGCCACCUAUCAGUGCGCAUCAGUGCUGCCUAACAGUGCCAGUCAGUGCCACCUAACAGUGCCAGUCAGUUCUGCCUAUCAGUGCCAGUCAGUGCCGCCUAUCAGUGCCAUAUAUGAGUGCUGCCUUUCAGUGCCCAUCAGUGAUGUCUGUCAAUGCCCAUCAGUGUCACCUACCAGUUCCUCCUCAUCAGUGCCCAUCAAUGCCACCUAUCAGUGCCCAUCAGUGCAGCCUAUCAGGGCUCAUCAGUGCAGCCUCAUUAGCGCACAUCAG